UCCAUAAAACGGUGGGGUUUGCGGAGAACUCGCCGGAGAGAAAUUGAUCGGAGUUCGCUAUGCGGAAGCAAGUGCUGUCGUUGACGGAAGCCGCCGCCGCUAGAGUGCGCAAUCUCUUGGAUCAGCGUCAGCGCUCUUUUCUCAAGCUCGGCGUCAAGGCUCGCGGCUGCAACGGCCUAUCCUACACCCUCAAUUAUGCCGAUGAGAAGGGGAAGUUUGAUGAGUUGGUUGAGGACAAAGGGGUGAAGAUCUUGAUCGAUCCCAAGGCUCUCAUGCAUGUGAUAGGAACCAAGAUGGAUUUUAUUGAUGACAAACUGAGAUCUGAAUUUGUGUUUAUCAAUCCAAAUUCUGCGGGCCAAUGUGGCUGUGGGGAGUCCUUCAUGACGAUCAGCAGCUCUGAAGCAGCAGCAGCUAAACGACCGGGGACUUGAGUUGUAUUAGCUUCCUCAACACAUCAAACAAUGUUUUACAUCAAUUACACCUAGACUAGAACUACCAAACACUUUGCUCAUUAGGAUCGCACUAGAGACUAUGUAACUUCCUCUGUAUUGUGUCUUUUUAGGCUUUUAAUGAUGAUGUAAAUCCUUCCAUCU